AUGAACCAAAACUGUUUUAGCAGCAACUACUCAAGUCAAGUCCAGAGGUUCUCAGUUAAUAUUCUCGACCCUUUUGGAACAAUCCCAAUACCGUCGAAUCCGAAGAUUGACACGCUUCUCAAGCAUUUUCCCAGCAACAACACGUGGCUGGGUCUUGCGAUCAAUGACCCGCUUCUUAUGCGUGUGACUCUCUGUACGACGGCAGCUUUCGGAGCUACGGUCACACCGUUAUUCAGUGCUGAUCUGCGAAAGGAAGGAUUGAAACUAAAGUGUGAGGCCAUCAAGGACCUAAAUUUUAUCCUCCAAAAUGGCCAAGUCCCAGAGAAUUUACUUGCUGCCAUUGCACAUCUAGGACAUAGUGAAAAUUUAGAGGGUUACUCCCAAGAAGCAGAUAUCCACAUGAGGGGACUUCAAGCGCUACUUGAUAUCAGAGGAGGGAUCAAGUCUAUUAAUACUUAUCAAGUGGGAAGAUUCAUAAACUGGGUGGACUUGGAAUUAGCUACGACUCGAGGGCGAAGACCUCUUUAUCCCCUGCACUACGGCUUGGAUAGAGUCAAGCUUUCACACGAUAUCGUAGCGGCCUGCGAAUUUCCAACUCUUUCUCGUUUACAAAGUCUUGGGCCAGCACACAAAACCGUUAUGACCGUUAUUCAACUGGUUCGACAAAGAGUAAUGGCGGUAGAAUGUGGCAUGGAUCCCACACAGCGAGAUGUUCGUGCGCUGUCAUUUUCCGCAGCCUUUCUCGCUCUCGAACAAGUUGAUGAUAUUCCAGUUACUGUGGAAGGACAACGUGUCCACACAAUCCUGUUAGCUGUACAUCUCUUUUUGUGUGCGGCCAUGAAACAAGACUUUCGAUGGAGCGGAUCCCUCCCAUGGAUGAUGGCACAACGCCUACGGGAGUCACUCGAGACCGAGCCAGUGUAUUCUGAAGUUUGGGUGCCAUAUCUGCCUGAGUUGCUCUGGAUACUCUUCGUUGGUGCCGUGGUAACUGAGAAACAUCCACAAGGCCACGGGGCAUGGUUCGCUACGCAGUUACAGGUUGUUUGCCAGCUCCUUCGAUGUAGCACGAGGCUGAAUUUCGAGGGUUAUCUGCACUCUCUGGUAUGGGAUAAUAGGUUUGGGAUUGAGUUUUUAAAUAAUUGGUUCGCGCCUACUCUCGGUGGCUAUUAUCGUCUGUCAUAA